GUACGAUUCCCACAAGCCAAAGAGACUACUAUAUCUAACGAGUUAGUCAUCGCUGGAAACUAAACCAAAAAAAAGAAGUCAAAACAACAGAGAAAAAUGGCAGGACUGUUUGAUAAACAAGCAGAUCUAUACCUAGACGCCAGACCCAAUUACCCAUCAGAAUGGUUCUCCAAGCUCGCCGAUCUCACCGAUCACCACGGUUUAGCCUGGGAUGCCGCCACUGGCAACGGCCAAGCAGCUCUCGCCGUCGCGGAUCACUACGAGAGAGUCGUGGCGACGGACGUGAGCGAAUCGCAGCUGAAACUCGCAACGACGCAUCCCAAGAUCGACUAUCGCCACACCCCGUCGACGAUGACCGACGACGAGCUGGUGGAGCUGAUCGGAGGAGAGGACUCGGUGGAUCUGAUCACCGUCGCGCAAGCCGUGCACUGGUUCGACCUCCCGAGAUUCUACGCAGUCGCAAAGCGCGUCCUGCGUAAACCCGGCGGAGUCAUCGCCGUGUGGGGAUACAACGACGUCGUGGUGUCGCCGGAGUUCGACGCGGUGCAGUAUCGUUUCCACGCCCAAACGCGGCCGUAUUGGAAGUAUCCGAAUAUUCAGCAUGUUUUCGAUGCGUACGAAGCGUUGCCGUUUCCUUUCGAGAGCGUGGGGAUGGGAUCGGAAGGGGAGCCGUUGAAGCUGGAGAUGCCUAAAACGACGUCGUUCGAGGGGAUCGUGAGGAUGUUUAAGUCGUGGUCGGCUGUUGUCACGGCGAAAGAGAAAGGUGUUGAUUUGUUAACGGAGAGUUUGGUCAGUGAGCUUGAGACUGCUUGGGGAGGAUCUGACGUUAUUCGUACUGUCGUUUACAAAGCGUUUAUGAUCGCAGGAAAAGUUAGCGUUUGA